AUGGAUAUCGUCUGUCAAGCUAAAUCCGGUAUGGGCAAAACAGCCGUGUUUGUCCUAGCUACUCUACAGCAGUUGGAACCUGUUGAUGGAGAGGUGUCAGUGUUGGUCAUGUGUCACACUAGGGAGCUUGCAUUCCAAAUCUCGAAGGAGUAUGAAAGAUUCAGCAAGUAUCUUUCCGCCAUCAAAGUAGCAGUAUUUUUCGGUGGUAUGCCUAUUAAGAAGGAUGAGGAUCUGCUGCGCACGAACUGCCCUCACAUAGUCGUAGGAACACCUGGUCGAACUUUGGCACUUGCGAGGUCUGGAAAGCUGAAGCUUGAUAAGAUCAAGUACUUCGUGCUCGACGAAUGCGACAAGAUGAUCGGGGAUGCUGACAUGCGCCGUGACGUACAAGAAAUUGUGAAGAUGACGCCGCAGGAAAAACAAGUGAUGAUGUUCUCUGCCACACUACCGAAGGAGCUGCGCAUCGUCUGCAAGAAGUUCAUGCAAGAUCCUAUGGAAGUUUAUGUUGAUGACGAAGCGAAGCUCACUUUGCAUGGUCUGCAACAACACUAUGUGAAGCUGAAGGAGACAGAGAAGAACAGAAAACUGUUGGAACUUUUGGAUCUUCUCGAAUUCAAUCAGGUUGUCAUCUUCGUGAAGUCGGUUCAGCGCUGUGGCGCACUUCAUCAGUUGCUUUCCGAACAAAACUUCCCCUCCAUCGCCAUCCAUAGGCAAAUGCCACAGGAAGAGCGUCUUGCUCGUUAUCAGGCCUUCAAGGAUUUCCAGAAACGUAUCCUGGUCGCGACUGACCUGUUUGGUAGAGGAAUGGAUAUUGAAAGAGUGAACAUCGUUUUCAACUAUGAUAUGCCCGAAGAUUCAGACUCCUACCUUCAUAGGGUAGCUCGAGCUGGUCGAUUUGGAACCAAGGGCCUCGCCAUCAGUUUUGUUUCGGACGAGGCUGACGCCAAGACGCUCAACAGUGUGCAGGAUAGGUUCGAUAUCAGUAUUACGGAGCUACCGGAGACAAUUGAUGUUUCUACUUAUAUCGAGGGCAGAACGAACUAA